AUGUCACAACUUGAACCAGAUCCAUAUAAGGUGUUGGGCUUGCCCAAGGAAGCCACUCUUUCCGAAAUUCGGGCCGCCCAUCGCAAACGAGUAUUGAAGUGUCACCCCGAUAAGAUCCUAGAUCAGGCUCUACGAGAUGUCGCCCAGCAGGAAUUCCAAGAGGUACAGGCUGCCUACGAACUCCUCUCCGAUCCAACCCGCCGACUUCGCUACGAUCAGAAGAUAAGACUGGCCGAUCUGAGACGUGAGAAACGACGGACUGAGGAGGAGGAUAUAGCGGCACGUGGCAUGGCUGCCGCGCGAGAGAUGCGCGAGGGUCACAUUGUGGAGGAGCGCGUGCCGUUUGACACUUUCUUUGAAGAACCACGAUUCAGCGAGGAGCCCCGAUCAUACUCUCGGAAGACCGAUGAGUUUGGGAAACGACCCAAAGCAAAGGAAGAGAAGAAGAAGACUAAAGUGCCAAUGAGCAGCGAACGUGCUGCCAAGGAAUCUCGCGAUACUACUAAGGCCUCUCAUUCCGAGCGACAACGACGCCGGGACAAAGAACGCCGGGGUCAACAAUCAGACAAGUACGAAUCAUUCGGUCCGUUUGUAGUGUCCGACGCUUCCUCCUCCAGUGAAUCUGAGGCAUACGAUCCAAAACCAUCUCGUCGGUCUCGAGAGUCUCGCUCUCGGCCUACAGAGGCGUCUUCACGACGUCGCGAUCAGGAUGACUAUGACGAGCACCCAUACUACACGGGCAAGCUUAGCCAGGCCGAGGAACACAUUGAACGUGCCAAAUAUGAUGCUUCUCGACGCCGGAUGUCUCCACAGCGAUCCCGUGGUUACGAGUCCGCUGAACCAGAGUCCGCCCCCCGCCGCUCGGGACGGUCCUCCCGGCCAAACCCAAUUCGCUCAUCCUCGCGCCACAACUCUUCCUAUGAGGACCUAGAGCCCCGCUACGAUUCUGGCAAGCCGCCCAAGAUACCGACUGCGACAACAGUUCCGGGCCCCAAAACAUCUCUUCGUCCAACAUUCUUCGGUGGAGUCCGCUCCGCCACCGCCUCGGCAUACACUCGACCUAAGCGGGAUUCCUCCCGAAGUCGAACUGACGAUGUUCUCAACAAGAUGGUCAACGAGCCUAUCCCGCAAAGAUCGUCCAAGCUACGUGAUAAAUACGAUUCGGGCUACUCAAGUCCCAACACCCCCGAACUCGCACCCAAAGGUUCCCCGAAGGUUACUGCUCGAUACAAGAUCGAGGAACCUAUCAUCGUUGAACCCUCGAAGUCCUCCAGGUAUCGCACUCUUUCGCCCGAAAGGGAAAGAGAGCGUACACCUCGUGUUGCUCCUCCCAGGCGGGCACAGACCUUCCAGUCUUACUCUACCGACUCAAGUCCUCGCAUCGAGAUCCGCUCCGUGCGACCCUCCCGAACCCACACAGUUGAAUACGCCCCACACAUCCGAAGUGAAGACGUAAAAUACACCCGGGAGAUCCGACCGAGCGAGGUCAACAUGUCUCCUGGCCAUGGCUAUUAUUACACCGAGCAUGUCCGCUCACGCCGACCCUCAGCAGCUGUGUAA